UGCAUGGCUUCCAUCGCUCUCUCAUGUAGGACACAUUGCAGACAAUCUGCCAUAUUGUAGCCCAGUGGACGAUAUGCUGAGCGCCAUUUCCGUGGCUGUCCCGCCGCUCGGAUCCCGGGAGCCGCUUCAUUACCUCCCCAGUCAGAUGAUGAGCUGACGCCUCUCCCGCUGUUCGGACUCGGCCGAGGGCGUCCUGUGAUUGGACGCUGCGGGUCACGUGUGGCGGCGGACAGCUGGCUGCGGCUGAUCGCGGUCGGUGCUACCGCUCGUGUGCCGGGGCCGUGGUGCUCGGCCUCCGCCUCUAGUUCUCCGCCGCAGCAUGGGAGACAAGAAAAGCCCGACAAGGCCGAAGCGGCAGCCGAAGCCGUCGUCAGACGAGGGGUACUGGGACUGCAGCGUGUGCACCUUCAAGAACAGCGCCGAGGCCUUCAAGUGCCUGAUGUGUGAUGUGCGCAAGGGGACGUCCACCCGGAAACCACGACCUGUUUCCCAGUUGGUAUCUCAGCAGGUAACGCAGCAAUUUGUGCCUCCCAUGCAGUCAAAGAAAGAGAAAAAAGACAAAACAGAGAAAGAAAAAAGUGAAAAAGAAAUAUCUAUUAAAAAGAACAGUAACAAGAAAGCGAGGCCACGAUUGAAAAAUGUGGACAGAAGUAGUGCGCAGCAUUUGGAAGUUACUGUGGGGGACCUAACGGUCAUUAUUACAGACUUUAAGGAGAAAACAAAGUCCCCUCCUACAUCCAGUGCCACUUCUGUGGACCAACAUAGUCAAAGUGGAUCUGGCUCAGAAAACACAGAGAGGGGGAUAUCCAGGUCAUCAUCACCCAGGGGAGAAACCUCAUCUGUAAAUGGAGAAUCUCAUUAAAGUUGCUCUAGUAUUUUCUAGAUAUUGUGACAAGAAACUUCUUUCUGCCAAUAGUAUCCACAGUUACAUGGGAAAUAUCUGACGCAAAUCUGAUAUUUUUGAGAAAGUGAGUAUGUAUGCACUUAUUUUUUUAAUGCUGUAUUUUAAGUGCGCCUUGAAAAACAAGACUUUCAAGGUUAGUGACACCAAAAGAUGAAAAGGGUUUGCAUAAAUGAAAAUAUUCACAAUAUUCCUGAUUCAUGUUGCUUGAUGUAGGUACUUGGUCAUUUUCCAGAUGACAAUAGUCCACAAGCUGCCAUGUCUACCCUGUGUGAUCUGGCUUUAGGAGUCUUUCCUCAACCCAAUGUACAGUAGUUCUAGGGACACCAUUAUACCUAUGCCAUCCUGUAGUCUGCAUUGUCUAGGUAACAAAAGUCUGUUCUUAGAGAUGUAAUGCUGGACAUGCAUGUUGGAACCAUCAUCGUUCAUGUCUUGUAAGUUGACACUUUGCUAUGUAAAGAAGGUAGCCAUCUCUUAUGGCUAAAUGGCUGUACGAGAGUCUCCAGCAAGCAUUCAGAACCUUUCACACAUACUGAAUAUUAUUUACAGAGCGGGUGUGGUGAGAGAUUACAUAAACCAAUUUUACUGCAGUCACACAGCGUGGGCUUCUACACACAGCGAUCCUCUAAAUGACAUCCGUGUUGUUCAGCUAUUCAGAGAAUUAAAGUCGUUCGGACUCUGUGAAGAGGCGCGUGGGGUUCCCAUCAGUCUAGAUUCAUGAAUAAUCCCUGUAAAUUACAUUAAAGCAACCCCCAGGUUCUUCUGUGUUUAGGGGGGGGGGGGGGGGGGAUUUACUAAACUUUAAUUUUACAAACCAGUCUUUAGUAGGGUGGAUAAAAAUGUAACAAAUGUGUGUAUGCCUCUUGUCACAGCUCUAGUUGUCUGAAGCUGGCUUGGAUUUCAGCUACUAUGUAUGCUAAUUUCUGGCAUAAACUAGUAAAUCUGUGGGACCAUGGUAGCGCACACCCCUUCUGCUAAGCUCCACCUACUUUUUACAAAACUGGUAUUAAUUGCACAAUGAUUUUCUUAAAAUAAGGGUUUAUGCUUAAAUUUUCGACAUUUUGUCAUAACAGAAAGCUGGCAUACUUGGUUUAGUAAAUGUCUCUCCUUAAUCUACAGACAGUAGCUAAUGCCUUCCUUUUUCAUGUUUCUGCCGCAAUUUUACUUAUUUUAUGCAAAAUUACCACCUGCUUCUCAGACUAUCCUAUACAGUGUAUUAGCGCUGGUCCAUCUAAGAACAAGAGUGACAUGUCUAAGUUCUGUAGCCUAGCAUGGGGAAUUCGGAGUAGGCGAUUGUUUUAUGUAAAAUAGGAAGGGGGCAUGGAAUCAGAAGAUUCAAGGGGAAGCACCAGGUAUUUUUAUCUUUACAUUUGGCAUUUAUGUGAAUGUAUUUAAUAGAGAACCAGAGGGUCGUUUUAACCCCUUCACAUUAGAACAGUACUUUCCAUCAACAGUUGUCCACUGUGACUCGGAUAAGCAAAAUGACAUCACAUAAGAACUGUAGGGCUAAAUGUAUAUGUUUAUUUAAAUGUCAGUCAUAAGGAAAUGUAUAUAGACCCUUUCCAUUUUUAGGUGUUGCUUGCCCUAUCUACGCUUAGAUGUCAUGUAAAGUGCACCUGCGGCCAACCCGAAAGAAAGUUAGAUUUUCCUAUCACUAGAUAGCUUUGGAUGCCCUGGUUAGGCUGGGUUCACACCACGCUUUGUUAAAUACGGUUCCCGUAUACAGCUGGGAGGAGGGGGC